AUGACCGAGCUUGUAGGUUCUCACACCGCAUCUAUUCAAAAGUUGGAGAUGCAAAUGAGGGAUCUCUCAAGAGAUCAAAAUUCGAAGCAAAAAAGCACGCUCCCAAGUGAUACAAUUGCAAAGCCAAAUGGUAGUGGGAGUGGUCCAACUUCUCAUUGUAUGGCAAUCACAACUCGAAGUGGGAAACUACUUCAAGGAGAGAAUGAACAAGUGGUCGAAGUGGAAUAUUCUGAACAAGAAGUCGAGGCACAAGUUGAGGUGCCAAAUGUUGUUGAAGUUGAAAGACUCCUGAAGAAGGCGAGAACUCAAGAAGUGAACCAUGAAGAGGUUAAGGGAAAGGUAAUAGAGGCACCAAAAACUCUAGCACCAGUUCCUAGACCUGCUCCUCCUUUCCCUCAAAGACUAGCAAGAAAGGUUGAUGAUAGCAAACUCAAAAGGUUCUAUGACAUCCUAAAGCAAUUAUCAUUGAACAUUCCAUUUGUAGAAGCAUUUCAAGAGAUGCCAGGUUUUGCUAUAUUGCUUGAAUUUUCACGAGCCCUUUGUGAUAAUGGGGCUAGCAUCAACUUAAUUCCCUUUGCUAAUUACAAGCAAGCAGGAUUAGUUAUGCCUAGGCCUAAAAGUAUGAUGUUGCAAAUGGCCGACCGUUCAAUAAAUCAACUGGUGGGAAUAGCUAAUGAUGUUCUUGUGAAAGUGGGGACGUUUCUCCUCCCUGCUGACUUUCUUAUUCUCGAUUGUGUUGUUGAUAAAGAGGUCCCUAUCAUCUUGGGGAGACUUUUCCUUGCUACCGGGAGGGCACUCAUGGACUCAGAAUAA